AUGGGUUUAUUAAUAAAUUCAGCAACACUUUCAGUGUUUCUUUUGGCUUUUGUUAACUGUGUCGCAGCCGAGGUUUAUUAUGUUGGACCUACAAUCGGUGGUAUUGUUGGUUUGAUUAUUCUGAUUGUGGAUAUUAUUGCUGCUGUAGAAAUUUUACGUUCAGGAAAACCACUUGUUGAAAAAAUUCUUUGGAUUUUAUUUAUCUUCUUCUUUCCUAUUAUUGGAUUGGUUGUUUAUUUACUUUGUGGUCGUGCUCGAUCUACCGGCAUUUAA